AUGAAGGAGCUACGAGAUAGUAAUGUGAGUGGGAAAGGGGUUAAACUGGCAUUGCUGAAGAAGAAACUGGUUGCAGCUUAUAAGGAUGAAGAGGCCUAUUGGAGUCAAAAAGCUAGACAGAAAUGGCUAAUGGAGGGAGAUAAGAACACCAAAUGUGUGGCUGGAAGGAGGAAAAGGAACAGGAUUGGUCUUCUCAAGAAAAGAGAUGGGGAUUGGUGCAAGGAUGAGGAGGAGACUGGCACAAAAAUAAUACAAUAUUUCAAGGACAUUUUUACUGCUGAGGCUCCUCAUGGAAUUGAUGCCAUCCUAAAUGAAAUCCCACAGUCCAUAACUAGUGUGAUGAACAAGCAGCUUAUCUUACCUGUGACUGAGCAGGAGGUUCAGAGAGUUGUAUUCUCUAUGCAUCCAAACAAGUCACCUAGCCCAGAUGUCAAUGUUAAUGGGGAGAAGAAGGGUAUCAAGCCAUCUAGGGGGCUAAGACAGGGAGAUCCCUUGUCUCCUUUCCUGUUUCUUAUUUGUGCAAAAGGCUUUUCAACUCUGCUCAAUCAAGCAGUCAGACAAGGAAAACUAACUGAUCUCCAAUUGUCUUCUGGUGGACCUAGACUAUCUCACAUCUUUUUCGCAGAUGACUCAUUAAUAUUCUGUAAGGCAAAGGAAGAGGAGGCAGUGCAGUUGAUGAAGGUUCUAAGGCAAUAUGGUGAAGCUUCAGGACAACUCAUCAACACUGAGAAAUCAUCAAUUUUCUUCAGUAAGAAUGAUCCAGUAGGGGAGAGGUUGAAGAUGCUUGAGAGAGUGAGAGUGAUGAAGGAGCUUAAACAGAGCAGGUACUUGGGUCUACCUUUGGUAAUUGGCAGAUCAAAAACACAAGUGUUUAAUUUUGUUAAGGAAAAGGUGGUUAGCAGAAUAUCAUGUUGGAAAGAGAGGUUGCUCAGUAUGGCUGGGAAAGAAGUGCCACUGAAAUCUGUGGUCAUGGCUCUUCCAGCAUAUGUGAUGUCAUAUUGUAAACUUUCUAAGGAACUUUGUAGGGGUAUUAGGAGAGAGAUGGCUAAGUUUUGGUGGGGAAGCAAGGGUGAGGAGAGCAAGAUGCACUGGUUAGGUUGGGGUAAGCUAUCUGAAGUUAAACAGAAUGGGGGAUUGGGCUUCAGAGAUUUAGAAAAUUUCAAUCUGGCACUUCUGGCCAAACAAUUAUGGAGAAUACUCACUAGGCCAAAUUUGCUAGUCAGCAAGAUCCUUAAAGCCAAAUACUUCAAAGGAACCUCAAUCUGGAAGAUGAAAGGGAAACGUACUGACUCCUGGUGUUGGAAAAGUAUUUUAAGCGCGAGGUCACUGUUGGAAGAGGGGAUGAGGAAGAGAGUACGAGAUGGGAAAACUAUAGACAUCUGGAAGGAUAGAUGGAUCCCUGGGGUGGCAGGAGGGAAGGAAUUGGAAUGGGUGUUUGCUAAGGAGGAUAGGGAGAGGAUUUUGCAGAUUCCCUUGAGCCUGCAGGAUAUCAAGGAUGGACUCUUCUGGGCUCAUUCUGCCUCAAGGGAAUACACAGUCAAGUCUAGAUACAGGUCUGCUCAGGAGAGAAAGAUAUGGAGGAGGGUGAGAGAUAGUCAUGAGGAAUCUGGAAGUAGGAAUGAAGGUAUCUUGCCAGUCAAUGAAAACAUCAAGACUAGGAGCAUGCAAGGCAAUCCACUGUGUAAAUGUUGUGGUGUCUUCUCAGAGUCGACCGAACAUAUGUUGUUUCUAUGUAGUCAUGCAGAGGCUAUUUGGAAAGUGACUCCAAUUCAGUGGGAUGGAUUGGAGAAUCUGAGAGAGAAGUUUUGGUUGUGGUGGUCUGAGCUGGUGGAGGCAACAGCUAGGGAGAAGGGGGAGGAGCAUAUUACUUUCAUAGUCAACUUGCUAUGGCAAAUCUGGAAGGAUAGGAAUGAGAUAAACUUCAAUAGGAAGGGUAGAGGUCCAGGGGUGGUGACAAAUAAAGCUAGCUGGGGUAUUGUUGCUAGGGACUGGAAGGGGAAGCCGGUUGCUACAUGGGCUUGUCCUUCCUUUACAUGUUCAGUACCAAUACUUGAGGAGGCAUUGGCAAUCAAAACUGCAAUGGUUAAAGUUGCUUUGGAAGGAUGGGAAAGAAUUAUUAUAGAAUCAGAUUGUAAGGUUGUAAUAGAUAAAACAAAGAAGGAUACGGAUGAUGUGGUUAUAUCCACAGUCUUGCAGGAUAUUAAGCUGCUAAAACAUAACUUUGAAGAAUGUUGUUUCUCCUUUGUUCGAAGGGAGUUCAACUCUGUUAGCCAUAAGUUAGCAAGAUUUGCUCUAAAUUUAGGGUUUGUUGCUGAUUCGAAAGCUUGUUUUCCAGUUUGGUUGCUUGAUAGUGCUCAAGCAGACAUUGAAGAGUAG